GAUUUUCGUAAUCACCUUUUUUUGUAACGCUGGAGGUGAUCUACGCAAAAGGUGACGACAGUGACGUUACUGGCUCUGCCUCAUACUCCGCGAUUUUCAGGAGAGACUCAUCCGAACAAUUUGCAUUUGCUGUUUUAAUUAUUCGUCGACGCAGUUGAUUCUUCGAAUAAAUCCCAGGGUUCGAGGAAAAAGUGAGUUUAUGGACGAGAAUCAUGACAGAAUUUCCAGGAACCGAUUUCUCUGGAACACUACAAUCAGCUGUUUCCAGGAAUGAGGGCAAUGUCCCCUUUCUUCAAUCGAAAGUUUGAAUCGCUCAUGACGUCAUUUCCUGACGCCCACCACCCACACCCCCCAUCGGCGCCAAUUACUCUCUUCGUCAGGAAGCAGUGAUUGUUGACCAACAAGCCAAGCACAUCCCAACAUCUUCAAGAAGCCACUGUUCUCUGAAUACCCCCUCUUCAUCCACCAUUCAACAAAAAAGCCCCUGAAUUUGACUCCAGUUGUCAGUAUUUACGUGCUCUCCGGCACGAUCGCAUCGUUCCAACGGGAUUGGCCAAUAUCUCGGUUAGUGCCUCAGCUAUUCUGACGUUAGAAUUGGUGAGAGUGGGGGUGGCCAGCGCACUGUUGAUGUUUCAUCAAAACAAAGCAACGUCUGUUGGUUGGCCAGCAUUUUAUCUCAAUAACUCGUUGCAAGUGCGUCGUCCACCGUUGAACGUCGUCUAAAAAUCACCGAAUAGAUUACUUCAUCCGCAAUCUCCACGUCUGGAUUACCUCCAGUCAUCCUGCCAAACUCCAGCCCUCGUCUGACAAUAAUAACACGCAGGCAAUCACCAACAGUUUGGUUGUUUUGUUGAAGGGGUGAAGUGUGGCAGAGAGAAAUGUCGUCGACGGCGAAAUUCACGUCGGACGAGAGUCUCGGCGAAUCAUGGGUGGAAUUGACAGCCGCGCCCGCUGACAGAGUGACACCCCUGCCAUUUGGCAGCGGUGGCGAAGAGUAUCUUCGUUUACUUCGUGAAGCCCAGCGUGACUCGACCCAAUCAUCAGCGAGGCAUUCCCUGGCCUCAUCCAGAAGAGACACCCCGAGGGGCAGCCCAAAGAGCCCACCGAACAGCCCCAAUACAGAGCUAUCGACUGAUGACGAUCUCAAAGGUGUUUACAUAAAUUACAGUUGCUGCAAGGACGCUGGUGAUUUGAUGGAGAGGGGAUCCGAGUGGAUGUACGACGAGUGGAGCUCACGGCCUGAUCAAAUCCCACCGAAAGACUGGAAGUUCAAGCAUCCACAGGGGAUGAUCAAGAGGAAAACAUACUCCAUCCGAACUGCUAAAGUUGGGAAGAACGGAUUGUUCUCCAAGGAGGUCCUCUAUACACUCUUUCUGUCGAACCUGCUGUCACUCCUCAUCGGUACCGGAUUUGGUGUCUGGCUGACUAGGCGCAGUAUCCUGAUCUCUCGUGUUGCUAUCGAGUGAGUGAUAAGAACUCACCACCAAUGAAUUUUCGAAAAAUUGAAAGAACGACAGAGUUAUGAAAUGCAGAAGGGAAAAUUGACUUGAGAAUAUCUUAAAGAGGGGGAUGAAAGAAAGACUGAGUGCCCGCGGGGAGUGAAAUCCAUUUUUCAUAGUAAGGAAAACCAAUCACUUUGCACAUCUAUUCAGAUAAAGAAGCCCUCAGGACACAAUAAAAAAUAGUAGGACAACAGUAGAUCAUCUGCUGAGGACGCAUCACGACAAUUAUUGAUUAUUAUUUUUGAAAAAACAUUAUCGUAGUCUUGAUUCGAUUGUAGGCUCGUCUUUACACCAAUUCACAUUUCUUCCCCGUUUCAACGGGAUAUUCUACGUAUUCGGGGGUGAUAAUGCGUGUUGAUGAUUUAUCUUAGCUGAUUGUAUAUGAAAGUGAGAGAGAUUGAGAAGAGAUUGAUGAUAAAAACUAUGAACAUGUCCAAUUUUAUACAGUUUCUAAAAAUGUUUCUAUCUGCGAUAGUGUGGUAGACGAUAGCAUCAUUAGUAUUUAUGCAUAAUUUUUGUUCAUUGAUGAGGAGCGGGGAUUCAAUGGGCUGGCAUUGAUUAUCAGCGAAAAAUAAUUAAGUAAUUGAUCUUAUUUUCUCUGGCAAAUUUUUUUUUCUGGAUUUUUUUCAGUGGAAACAAUUUGAAGAGGGAGAAAGAUAUCUUACGCAAAGCAACCGUUCCCUCACAUGAAUCGAUGUUUACUGAUAACAUUAAAGUUUUUUCACAUUUAUAGUAAUAAUUUCUUCGUAAUCUUGCGUUUAUAAUCUUGAAAAUUCUUCAUUCAUGAGAACUUGAUUUAAUUCCUGGGUUUGCACUGAAAUUUCGCCUCAGACACUACAAUUUGGCUUUCUUGAUCUUUUAUUUUUUAAAUCAGUCGUAAUUAUUAUCGAAUUAACAUUUAUCGAAAUGGAAUAGCCGUAAUGUCUGUACAUUUUAGUUCUUCCUCUAGAAUACGGUGUUGGAUGGGAUAAACGAAGCAGAUGUGGUUGAUCAAUCGGCAUUGGUCAACCAUCGUUUGUCACCAAUGAUUUGUUCUUUCUGACGUAAACACCGGUUUUUCUUUACUGUUAAUUUUCAUUCGGAUAUAGAUAUAGUUUUUAAAAAAAUAUAUAACUUUGUGUUUUCAUGGUUUGUUUGUAAUUGCAUAUGGAAAAUGAAGCAUUUUGUAAAUUUAUAAAUACCAAUUUAUGGAAUAAAUAAUCUAGUGGUCCUUGAUAUCAGAAAUAUUAUUGAAAUAAAAAUUGCUAAAAGUA